AUGCAAGUUCAGGAACAGGAACAUCCCGAAACUGUUGGGAAAUCGCGCGAAGAAAACGAUUCAGAAUCAGAAGGAGUCCUUCACCAUGGACCAGAGUUGAAAAAAGAGGAGCAUCAUACGGAAGUGGAGGUUCUCUCAUUGGGUUCCUCUAAAGGACAAGAGGAGUUAACUCGUGUUACAUCUUCUAACGCUCUACCUAAAGAAGGUGGCGCUCUAGGGAGCGGAUCCUCAUCAGCUAUUUCACGAUCACCACAAACAGAAAAACCACUCUCAGAAGGAGAGCAAACCCACACUACAGCUAAAGGCACAGACUCAUCUAAAGAUGUUGAUUCAAUGAAACGCAGCCCACAGGCCGAGUCUGCAAACGCCACAGAUAACCGUAAUGUCAACGAUGCUAAUUCUGCGCAAGAAUCUGAAAAAACAGAAAAUGUCGUGUCGGAAGUGGAUAAACUCCAAGAAGGUAAUGGCAGGACUAGCGUUGCUACUGACACUCCCGUGAGAACCACCCAAUCCAUUGGAGUGAAUGAUGCACCUGCCACGACAGAAUCAGAAGAUAAUGACACUUCUGCGGCUACCGCCAACACUAAGAAUACUUACACCGAAUUACCAAACACAACUGUUAACUCUCCUCUACCUUCCCCGGAACCACAGAUCAGCAGCAACGUUGCUUCCUCAUUACAGAACAAGCCUAAUGUUGACAGCAGUGUCAGUCCUCUGUGGAUGCACACUGCAGCACCGCUGCUGAUUGUGGCUGCGUUGUUCUCCGUUACCGUGUACUGA